AUGGCUGCCUCAUCAACGGCCAUGACUCAACUGCAGAACAACAUCCCGUGGUCUACAGCCUUGUGGACGCUACCGUUGUUGUAUCUGGUCGCUAAGAUCGUAUACAACAUCUACUUCCACCCAUUGGCGAAAUUCCCGGGCCCAUUCCUGGCCAAGUUCACGUCCAUAUUACCCAUGCUGUCGAUGUUCAAGAUGAACCGAAUUCGAUGGCAGCACGAAAUGCUCCAGAAGUACGGCAGUCCAGUACGUGUGGGGACGAACGAGCUGUACUUCUCAGACAUGAAAUCAUGGCAGGACAUUUACGGGCAAUCCUCCAACCCCUGCCCAAAAGAGAAGGUCUUUUACGACAUGUUUACUGCUACUGGGGCAAUAAGUAUUCUCACCGAAAGGAACAAAGCGGCGCACGCCCGCUUGAGACGCUUGAUCUCUCACGCCUGUUCCCUGAAAGGACUCCUCCAGGACGAGCCUAUGAUCCAUCAAAAAGUGAAAACCCUCCUGGAUGUCGUCUUUGCUCCGGCAGCCGCAAAGAAAGAAUCCGUCGACAUCUUUCAAAAGUUGUUGGACCAUUACCUUGACAUAACAACGUAUUUGAGUUUUGGGGUAUCUUUCGACUGCGUCUCCGGCAAAGGCACCCUGAACCACGACGACCUGGAUGCUUUUAUGGUCGUGGUGCCCACCCAGGCCUUCUUUCCUCAGCUACGCUAUGUCCCCAUCAAGGCGAUACAGGACGGCUACAAGGGCCUUGACAGGCUGAUCAAGUUUGCCGAGAAGUCGGUCAGGGACUUCCACGACAAGAUCGAGAGGAACGGGGAUGACUAUGCCAAAGGGACUUUCCUGAGGAAUCUGGUCGAUGCAGUCGACCCCGAGACCGGCAGCAAGCUGACGUUUCCGGAAUUGGUCGAGAACACCAUCCUGUUCCUAGUCGCAGGAAGUGACACCACGGCAGUGACAACCAUGUACACCAUCUGGGAAAUCGGCAGGAGACCUGACGUGAGGAAGAAGCUCCUCGACGAGAUUCGCACGGCAUUCCCCGACCCCAAACACGAACCAACGUACGAGGAGACCUCUAAGCUGGAGUAUUUAAAUUCAUGCAUUGAGGAAACUCUUCGGAUCUGGGGACCCCUCAGCGCCGGCUUCCCUCGUGUAUCGCCAGGCAAAGUCAUCGGUGACCACUUCAUUCCCAAGGGCGUGCAAGUGGCGACCCCCGCGUACGUGACCGCCCGUGAUCCGAAGGUCUUCCCCAACCCAACCGAGUAUAUCCCGGAGAGAUGGUUGAACGCCACCCCUGAGAUGAGGAACAUGUCCAGGCCUUUCAGCUAUGGGCCCCGGAAUUGCAUCGGGAAACAUCUAGCCGACAUCGGGCUUCACUUGACCCUCACUCGGCUGUACCAGCUUUACGACAUCGAGAUUGAUCCUAGCAUGACGGACGCGAUGAUGUUGCAAAAAGAUCGCGGUGUUUGCGCUCCGUGGGACGAGAAGUUGAUUGUGCGGCCAACUUUUGUUCAUGAGGGUGUCGGGUCGUGA